AUGCGCCAGGACCUGCCCAUGCAGGAACACCUGAACCUGGCCGUGCGACACAGCGCGCUCGGCCGCCACGACGUUGGCGGCCUGCUAGGGUUCGACGCGCACCCUGAGUCCCUGAAGGCCGUCACGCCCGAGUGCCAGCGCCACAGGGACGGGCUCGACGAGAAGCGCGGCCCCCGCACAAGGCCAGCCUGGAAGACACGCUGGGAGAAAAUCAAGGAGCAGCGCGGCCAGGCGCACGCUGCCGACGACGGCGCGCGCGACAACGAGGCGGCCGCCAGCCUCUUCACCAGGGCGAUGAUGUGCGUCUGCGCGACCGGGGACCGCUUCGACGGCCACGCCGAGGGCCGCUCCGACGGCGAGGAGGCCGAGGGCGUCGUUGCCGAGCUCCAGACCGCCAGGCUCGCCCAGGCGACGUGGGACUGA